AUGCGGGCCCCGGGGCCGUGCGCGGAGUGCGGGGCGGGGGGCGCGGCCCGGUACCGCUGUCCGCGCUGCGGCACCGCUUACUGCUCCGUGCCGUGCUGCCGGACCCACCGAGAGCACUGCGCGCCCGAGCCCCGGCAGGAGCGGCAGCGGGAGGCGGCCGGGCACGGUUCCCCCCCGGAGCCCGCACCCCUGGAGGACAUCCUGAGCGAGGAGGACGAGCAGGACCGCGUCCCGCCGGAGAAACUCAAACUCUUGGGAGAAUCAGAGGAGCUGAGGGAUUUGCUGCUGAACCCCCACCUGCGGCAGCUGCUGCUCACCCUGGACCAGGCUCGGGACAAAAGCUCCCUCAUGAGGAAGUUCAUGCAGGAGCCCCUGUUCGUGGAGUUUGCAGAUUGCUGCCUGAGCAUUGUGGAGCCCCCUGAGAAGGAGAACAUUCUCCCCGAGUGAGCUGCUGUGGGAAUGGUUCUAUAUUUAUCUUUAAGAUUUUUAUUUUUUUGAGGUUUGGCAGCAGCCAGAGCUGCUCUGCUGUGUGUCUUGGCCACUUUGCCCGUGGAUGUCAGUGCUGAUUUCAGUUUAGAGCUGAAGGGGCAGGGCUGUGUUGGGACAUUUUUAGAUCCUGGGGGUUGAACUUGCUACUCUGAGGAAAUUUUUCUGUUGGCACAGAAAUGCUGGCAGCCACAGGAAAUGUUGCUUCACAGUGACAAUAUUAAAUAUAUUUGCAUUUAUUUUAA